AUGAGAAAUCACACAUUGCUGAAUGAGUUCUUUCUACUGGGAAUACCUCAGACAGAGGGUCUACAGGCUUUGCUCUUUGUUAUCUUCUCAUUCAUCUACCUCUUCACCUUGCUUGGAAAUUUGCUCAUCCUUAUAGCAAUCAUUUCUUCCUCUACCCUUCACACCCCCAUGUAUUUUUUCUUGGGACUCCUAUCUAUUUUUGACAUGUUGUUCCCAUCUGUAACCUGUCCCAAGAUGUUAUGCUAUCUCUCUGGCCAGAGCCCAGUCAUUUCUUAUAAGGGAUGUGCUACACAGCUCUUCUUCUAUCAUUUUCUGGGUUCUACUGAAGGCUGUCUCUAUUCUGUGAUGUCUUAUGAUCGCUUUGUUGCCAUCUGUCACCCACUGAGAUAUAUGCUUAUCAUGAAACCUGGAGUCUGUGUCAGUUUGGUCAUGGUAGCCUGCUUGGUGGGUUGUCUUCAGGCUACCAUACUAACCUCCUUUACCUUUCAGCUAUCCUACUGUGGUCUCAAUCAGGUGGACCAUUUCUUCUGUGAUAUCCCUGCUGUUUUACCCCUGGCUUGUACUGACAGUGCCCUGGCCCAAAGAGUGGGCUCCAUCAGCGUUGGCUUUCUGGCUUUAAUGCUUUUGUUCAUUGUUUGUGUCUCCUACACUCGCAUUGGGAUUGUCAUCUUGAGAAUUCGUUCAGCAGAGGGCAGACAGAAAGCAUUCUCCACCUGCAGCGCACAUCUCACUGCCAUCCUCUGUGCCUAUGGACCUGUAAUCAUCGUCUAUCUUCAGCCUAUACCCAACUCCUUGCUUGGUGCUAUGGUGCAAAUAUUAAAUAAUGUUGUCUCACCCAUGCUUAACUCAUUAAUCUAUUCCUUAAGGAACAAGGAAGUAAAAAGAUCUCUGAAAAGAGUGUUCCAAAAUGUUAUACUUACUGUUUGGGAAUAA